AUGCCGCUCAGAAAUUUUAUCAAGCCUGCAUACUCUCGUGGUGAAGAAUUACCGAUACCUCUCGUACCCUACGUGAGAGGCUGGAAAUUUACAGUCCAGUCACAUAUUCCGCCCCCCCCGACGCCUGUGAUCUCCAACAACCGCCUUUACACUCCCCAAGAUGCUACUGAGUAUGAUCAGCUUGGUGGUGUGGAGUGGCUUCUCAAGAACGCCCCUCUUCCGGGCAAAAAAGGGGUACACAGUAUUACUUUAGAGAUUGUCGAAAAUAUACGGAACGGAGACAGACUUCGAGCGCAGGUGUUUGCUGUGAUCGUACGAGAUGCGACGACUGACACUCCUUCUGAAAUACUUGAACCAGACCGAAUCUUUGUUGCUAAAGUAUAUGAUCCUCUUUAUCAUGCUGAUGAUGUUGAUGUGGCUGGAUUCAUAAGUCCUAUCAAGCUUACUGACCAUGAUUAUACCCAUGAGUGUGCUGUUUAUGAGAAGCUUUCAGAGUAUCAAGGAAAGCGGAUUCCCAGGUUUUAUGGAUCCUUCUCCCUUGAUAUUCCAUUCUUCGACAAAAUACGCACCGUUCGCCUUAUCUUAAUCGAGUACAUCCCUGGCACAUCUAUGGAUCAAGCCAAUGCAGCUGAUUUUUCACAACACACUCGACAGCAAAUGAUAAAAUCAAUAAUUAACUUCGAAAGCGAUGUGUUUGGGUUUAAAGACAUCAAACUUCUCGAUCUACACCGCAGAAAUAUCUUGAUAAUGAAAGAUACUCAACACAAUCUCGUUUUCAUUGAUUUCGCAGAUUGUCUAUUCAAUCGCAGACCUGAUGAACCUCGGUUCGCCCGUUUAAAUACUUUCCUCGGUCAAUAUAUAUCGCCGCUUCUUAGGUGCACGGGCAAAAGCUGGAAAGCUUUUAAAUCCGACAAGAAAGAAGAUAACUGGAUUGACUGGGAUAUGGAUGCAUGGGUCAAUAACCAGUGGGCCCACACGAAAGAUACAAUUACCCCAGAGAUGGUAGCAAGAUUUGGUUAG